AACGCGAGCAGACGUGUCGCGGAUGUCUUGCAAAUUCAGGACGUAUUUUCGGGAAAAGUGCUAAAAAAAAGUGUUUAGUGUGUUGUGGAAAUGAUUUCUAACGCGAGAAAUCAUAAUGCGAAACUAGUGAAGCAAAAAAGCAAAGUGCUGCAACAUGCACUGGCAUGUUUCAAUUAUUUUAAACACACUCGCAGCUUGCUGUUGUUUAUGAUCUGCAGCUUGUUGUUUAACACCAAAGGCAGCAAUCAAGCUGGCGCCCAAUUGUUGAUAAAUGUACAAAAUCAGGGCGGUGAGGUCAUACAGGAGAGCAUAACGUCCAACAUUGCUGAGGAUUUGAUUACACUGGAGUUUCAGAAAACAGAUGGCACCCUAAUCACACAGCUUAUCGACUUUCGCAAUGAGGUGCAAAUACUGAAGGCUUUGGUCUUGGGCGAGGAGGAGCGCGGCCAAAGUCAGUAUCAAGUUAUGUGCUUUGCCACCAAGUUCAACAAGGGUGACUUUAUCUCCUCGGAUGCAAUGGCCAAGUUGCGCCAAAAGAAUCCGCACACAAUACGCACACCCGAGGAGGAUAAGGGACGUGAAAUCUAUAACAUGAGCAGCUGGGUGCAGUUGAAUCGCUCGCUGCCCAUCACACGUCAUCUGCAGUUGCUCUGUGCCGAGGCCACAGACGCCACCUAUGUGCGCGAUAUGGAUAUCAAGGCCUGGGCCGAGUUGCCAGGCUCCUCGAUUUCGAGCCUGGAGGCGGCAACCGAAAAAUUUCCUGAUGCGCUGUCGACGCGCUGCAACGAGGUGAGCAGCCUGUGGGCGCCAUGUCUGUGCACACUGGAGACCUGCAUAGGUUGGUAUCCCUGUGGACUGAAGUACUGCAAGGGCAAGACGGCGGCGGCGGGGCUGGGGGCGGACACGUCCGGGGCGCAGCAACAGCAGCAGCAGACGAAUUAUCGGUGCGGCAUCAAGACCUGCCGCAAGUGUACACAGUUCACCUAUUAUGUGCGGCAGAAACAACAGUGCCUCUGGGAUGAAUGACGACGCGGCGAGCGGCAGAUGCUGCAGAGGCAAAUGCAGAUGCAGCUGCAGCAGCGCUGCGGCUCGUUGAAGCCAGUCUCAACGCGGGCAUGCGACAUUAAUGCUGCGGUAAUUGCAAGUGAAACAGUGACAAAAGCGACAGCAGCAGCAGCAACGACAAUAAAAACAACAGCAACAGCAAAAAUAAAAUCAACAACAACGACCAACAAAUUACGCCAACUGCUUUUGUUGAUGCAACAGCAGAUACCUUUUUCACUCUGGAGCUUUCCGGUUCAUCAGAUUUCCCAUCAUCAUACGGACACGCAAUCCCAUUCCCAUUCUCAUUCGCAUUCUCAUCAUGCGGCAACAACAGUGGCUGCCAUCGUGGCGUGAUAAUGGGACAACUCACAAGUGUCUAACAUUUACUGCUGAUAUACAUAUAGCUAUAGAUAUAUAUACAUAUGACUCAUGCGUGUCAUAUACAUAGGCUGUAAAUAUGUAACUAUACUUUUAGUGUUUAGCCAAAAUACUUUUACGCUUAUGACAUUUAGGUUAGACAUCCGUCAUGGGACGUGAGCAUUUGUAAAUUUAAUUAAGGCAACAUUUAGUUGUUCAUCAAUUUAAUUAUUAACCAAUUCGGCUGCUUAACUCCUGUCCAAGCCUUAGCUUACAAACUUCCUUUAAAGCUUAUCUAAUUAAUUACAUAAAUUCCAACACAAAUCUCUCUCUAACUCUCACUCCAAGACUUUCUUUAUGCAUUAUGUUCAUAAAAUAAAUCUCAGCUUUGGCCUUGCUUGUUUUCUCAUUAAACCAGCUGAAAGUUGAGCAAAGAUUCUUAUUUUCUUCUCUUUGCUUUGUUUGCAUUUCAUGCACCUUUUACAUUGUUUAUCCUGGGCGCCUACAUUAAAUAAAGACUCAUUAACUUUAUUUACGCAGUUCGACGGCAAAUUUCGCAACAGUCGCUCUGUCAUAAUUAAUUUCGUACACAAAUUCUCGCUUUAUUCAAUUAACAAAUUUAAUCAUUUUGAAAAUUUCAUUAAAUCUGCUCAAGACGAAAAGUUCAUCUAGCGACUAUACAUACAUAUAUAAGAUUAUAAGAGUAUAAAAUUUAAACGUGGCCUUAGCAUAUUUUAUGAGCGCAAUUUAAUUGAGAUUAAGCAACAAACACAUAAACUGUCUGAAUUGUGCUCAUAAUAGAAAAUGAAACAAAUGUUUGCCAUAUAAAACGUAAACGUAGCUAAUAAAUGUUUCUAUAAGUACUAAUAAAAAUGACUGCCGCAAAAUGCUUUAUAUAUAUGAAAUGUUCCCCACUCCCCCCUCUCUAUAAAAGUUUGACUUUGAUUCAGCAACAAAAAUAUACUAAUUACACUUUUCUCCUCCCCUUACACUUGCCUUUCCAAACUAUUGCAUUAUAUCUCGCCCCUUAACCAAGUAAACUUGCCUAACUUUUCUUACAUACGAAAAAUGAAAAUGAAAACGAAGCUAAAACAAUACCAAGAACAAUAAUCUAUUGUAAAAUUUCCAAUACUAGUCUACUUAGAGUGUUAAAAUGGCUAUUUUCCUACAAAGCAUACCUUAAAAAUAUAAAAAAAAAUUCUUAAUAAAGUCUACAAAGAAUUUCAAGUUUCGACAACAAAUUGUAAAAAAAAAAAAUUAUAAAGAAUGGUGAUAAUAACUUUUUCUACAAAACGUAUAAAACUCAACAAAAAGUAUUUCUCACUGCAAUGCAAUGUAUAACUAAAAAGAGAAUUGUAUAUAUUAUAAUUUAGCUGUAAACCUAUAAUUAAUUAUAUAGUGUCCAAUGCUGGUUUAUAGGGUUUCUGGCAAAAGGCGCACAUUUAAACGAUAAAACUAAACUAGUCCUAAACGAAAUUGAUUUAGUCGUAAAUAAAAAAGCUGAACAAAUUCUACAUUUUAUAAAAA